UCUCGUGGUGUGCGGGCCCACUGCGGGGAGAAAGAGAUUUUGUUUGCGGCUGUGGCUGCAGCCUGUGGAGGAUGCGCCCGGUCCUGCGUCUCCAAUCUGCGCAGCGUUGAAAGGCAAGGAAGCGUGUCUUCACCGCCCCUGUAGUCGCUCUAACUGCACAGUACAGUAUGCAGGUUUGAGAGUAUUUGAGUGGAUGAGGACAGAGGACAGAGGAGUAUUCUUCCCGAGAUAGCUGUGCAACGGUCUACUCUGAAUAAUUUACGUAUCAAUAUCGUAGAAGCCGCGAGACCAGCGAAUGUGCGGCAGUCUGCCUUACCUGCAUGUACAGGUAUACGUUUGGUCUAUUCCAAACGGACUGGAGAAAGCCGCCGCUAGAUCGUCUGGCGUCCAGUCUGAAUGGAGCUACCUGCUAGUUUCCUAGCAUCACGUCCCGCGUCCCAUCCAGUGAGAACAAGAAGCUGACCAAGGAUAGAGACCGCCGCCCUGAACGACAGCCGUCACCAACGACAGCACAGACGCGCGCACGGCAAUGCAGUACCCGAAAGCAGGCUUUGCUUGCCUCAUCAGCUUGGCCACAGUUGGCUUGCUGUGCGGCUUUCGGUUCACGAGCCGCCCCGCGCUCCCACCGACACGAGCACCGAAGCUGGACCUGGUGCAGACGCUGGAUACUUUCGGAGAGGAGAUAUACAAUACCAGUACAGUCCUGCGUGGAACAUUCGCGUAUCUAGUUAUGGGACGCGGCGUUAUCAACGACGUGUGGUACCAAAUCAGCCGGCAGCCCAAAGGAAAGGUCUACGUGUGGUACUUGGCCUGGGAAGCCGAGCUCAGUGCCGCGAACGACACAAAAUACUUUCAGACGAUGUAUUUCCCCAAGUCGACCUGGGCCAGCGGCCGAAAUCAACUGCUGUUCGCAAUGCAGGACAGGGAGCGUUUGCAAGGCUGGCUCUUCGACUACGUAGUAUUCUGGGACGACGAUGUGCGUCUUCUACUGCGCCAUAACAUUAGUAGUGUGAGUCCCAGAUCCAGUCACCUUGCGGCGGAGAGGAGGCUGCGGCAACUCGUGCUGAGGGAUCGGCCGGCACGUGCCGGCGUGGAGUUUCCGUACCGUGUGGAAGACCUGCCGAUGGUUUCGAUGAAGUGCGUGCAGAACUGUGCCUUUGACGCCGCCCUGGACAUAUUCCACCGCAGCGUGGUGGAUCAGCUGCUGCCGUACACGACCGGCUUCGACACCUAUAACUGGUGGAUGGCCUCGGAGACGUCGUCCUACCGCAGCUCGGCCAUGUUCGCGCCGUACUGCAACACCUAUCGUGCCGUCAUCCACGACCCGCGGGCCAACGAACACUGGGGUAACUACCCGCAGGGCAAGGGAUUUAAGGAGACGGCAAUCGCCUUCUACCUGUCCUGCAUCGCUCGCAGCCGCGUCAGCGAGCGGACGUGGAAGCGGCUGUUCACGCACGGUCUGACGCGCGUGUACGGCGACGACGGAGAGCCGUGUCUACGCCAGCUGCCCACCGUCAACUACUACAAUCUCAUAACGGACGAGGGCAGACAGAUCCGCCAGUGUAACUACAAUCACACUGGUAAUCACUGACCAGAAUAAACAUGGCAACCAUCGUCGUUGGCAACUGGACGUGACGUGGUAGCUUUUCAGUACCAGAUUGGCUGUCGUCGUCAGUAAGAACCACGGAGUUGUCUAGUAUUUUACUGCUCCCUAGUAGGAACGCUGCGAUGUAGACUGCUCCACGCCGCUGAAAACAAAACCACUGCCAGAUGAUAAAUCACAGCAACAUAUUGUACUGGUGGAUGCAAGCAGCUAAGUAUGGCAACAGGCUGUAGUGGUGGAUGCAAGCAGCUAAGUAUGGCAAUAGGCUGUACACAUGUAGUAGCCACAUUGUCUAGUGUGAUGGAGUGAUGGCAGGAGAUGGGGAACGCGUCAGCAAAGGUGUAACUCACUUGUAAACGUUUUCGGUCCUGUCUUUUUACAGUAAUCAGAUUCCGAGAAAAGAGUAUUUAAUUAAUUUAUCAGUCCAUCCCUACCCCGCCCGCACCCCCUGUCCGGCAAGGGAUUUAAGGAGACGGCCAUCGCCUUCUACCUGUCCUGCAUCGCUCGCAGCCGCGUCAGCGAGCGGACGUGGAAGCGGCUGUUCACGCACGGUCUGACGCGCGUGUACGGCGACGACGGAGAGCCGUGUCUACGCCAGCUGCCCACCGUCAACUACUACAAUCUCAUAACGGACGAGGGCAGACAGAUCCGCCAGUGUAACUACAAUCACACCGGUAAUCACUGACCAGAAUAAACAUGGCAACCAUCGUCGUUGGCAACUGGACGUGACGUGGUAGCUUUUCAGUACCAGAUUGGCUGUCGUCGUCAGUAAGAACCACGGAGUUGUCUAGUAUUUUACUGCUCCCUAGUAGGAACGCUGCGAUGUAGACUGCUCCACGCCGCUGAAAACAAAACCACUGCCAGAUGAUAAAUCACAGCAACAUAUUGUACUGGUGGAUGCAAGCAGCUAAGUAUGGCAACAGGCUGUAGUGGUGGAUGCAAGCAGCUAAGUAUGGCAAUAGGCUAUACACAUGUAGUAGCCACAAUGUCUAGUGUGAUGGAGUGAUGGCAGAAGACGGGGAACGCGUCAGCAAAGGUGGAACUCACUUGUAAACGUUUUCGGUCCUGUCUUUUUACAGUAAUCAGAUUCCGAGAAAAGAGUAUUUAAUUAAUUUAUCAAAAGGCGACGAGGAGACAAUAACUUUAUUAAUGCGAUUAAUUCUCGAUUCGAUUUAUUCUCAUUCAUCAUUUUGUAAUGUCCGCUUCACUUAUACUAUUAAUCGCAUUAAUAAAUUAAUUUAUCAGUCCAUCCCUACCC